AUGACUCAAAUCACCGGUUCUGGGAACCGGGUCGCCGGGACAGAGGCAGGUCUGGCGGGUUCGUCGCCUGAAGAUGGUCGGAGGUGCUUGUCCCUUCGCUGCCGCCGUCGUAAAUUGGCGAUUGUCGUGCGUAUCUCGGCGGUUUGGGUCCACGGAACGGAGGUCGCCGGUCGGGGUAGGGGUCGUCGGUCUCCUCCUUCGUUGCCGGACCUCUCUGCAGACAGGGCUUCGGAGAUGGCUGUGGCUCUCCGGAAACGUACGGAUGUCGCCGGAGAUAAGGAAAAACGGGAUGAAGAAAAAAAUUUCAUUUAUUUAUGGCCAGUGAUUGGAAACUUCAGGAAGAAAAACGGGAUGAAAAAAUAA